GCGUCGUAGCAUCAGAGGUGGCGCCACCGCCACAGAGACGCCAUAGGGUAUGGAGAUGCCGGGUGGCGUGAGGCUCGGGGACGUAAACUAACGCUGAAGGUCGCGGCCUUGGUUCGCCGGUGAAUGUUCAUACGGUCUGUGAAUGAAAUCGAGUAGCGCGAAGUGAAUUUGGGAACCUCGAUGGUGCCCGAACGCUGCAGUAUACGCGCCCCUAGUGCAUCGCUGCGAGUAACACGGAAGUGUUCAAGUCCGUUUGGUGCAUCUCCUCGUACUCCUGGCUGAACUUGCAAGCGACACGCGAGCGUCGCCAUGCCCAUGGACCUGGAACUGGUGUUGUCGGCCAACCCGCCGCUCUUUGUGGGCAGCGAGUGCCGGCUCAGCGUCUGCGCCCUGCAGCAGAGUAACCCGCUCUUCCAGACGUGCUCGGUCAAACGCAGCUACCGACGAGCCUCCACCAAUGUGCCGCCCAUCAAGCCGUGUAUGUCUCCGCGCGACGAACAAAUUCAGAGCGAACCAACGAGUCCGACGUCGUCGAACCGCAUCAAGCGGCGGGUGUCGUUUGCCGAUGACCGGGGCUACUCGCUCACCCAGGUGCGCGUCAUGAAGGAGCCGUCGGACAGCCCGCCGCGGUGGACGGACGAGUUUGUGGCUCGGAUAACGCGCGACAUGCGGCUCGACGCGCCUCUGUGGGAGACUGCCUUCACGCAGCCGGCCUCGGAUUACGUAGAGUUCCGACAGACGCUCGACACCAACUUCGUCUCGCUCGAGAACGUCAUUGUCAAGAGCGACGAGCUCAUCACGGGCACCAUCAAGGUAAAGAACGUCACCUUCGAGAAGCGCGUCUUUGUGCGCGCCAGCUUCGAUGGUUGGAAGACUAUGCAAGACUAUGCGGCUGAGUACGUGGCCAGCGGCCACUUAAGCAACAUGUACGACACGUUCUGCUUCUCGAUUCCCAUCCCGUCGUCGGCGUCGAGCAAUUUAGGCGUGAUAGAGUUCUGCGUUUGCUUCAAGCACGAGCAGGAAGAACACUGGGACAAUAACAAAGGAAAGAACUACAAGCUGGUGGCGCUAACCAAAAAGGCUCCCAGCCCAACUGUGUUGCGACGCUUUACAGACGCCCUCAAGGCGGACGUGGACUCUUGGACAGAGUUUGCCAGUUGGAAGAACCUGGCCACAGAAGGGCCCUACUGGUGACUGGAGGCACCCUGUAGGCUACCUGCACCCUCCCUUAACGAACCAUUCUCGCUUAUUGUGCUGUUUUAAUUAGCUUCCAAGUGAUAGGUUUAAUUAAUUGUUCCUGUCAGCUUACUACUGAAAGAGAGAAGGUGGACAGUAUACGGUUAGGCAACAGCACUGGUCACAUCAUGGUUGUGCAAACUGUUAGUGAAGUAGCGGUGUUUGCAUUUUGCAUGACUGUACGAGAUGCACUUACAAGAAAGCACCACUGCUUGAGCUUGUCCACGAAAUGAGUUUCUAGUCUGAGUUCACGUGCGUCUGCAGCUUGGGACAUUCGAAAGUGCUGAGGACUGCUCGUCUAGUCCUUGCUCGAGUGCGCUGUAAAAAUGUGCUGCUUAGAGGGGGCUUUUUUUUUUAAAUGAAGUGCAGACCUGUCCGAGUGUACCUGUCUCGUGUGCCAAGCAACUUGGGGACAUUUGGAGUGCUUUACAAGUGAACACUGGGGGUUGGCUGAAUGCCAUGCAGAGUUUUGUACAUACUCAUAUUUUUGGGUGCCCUAUUUACACCUUGCCUAGAUAUUUAGUAAAGCUUAGCGAGUUAGGUUCUUCGUGUACAUUGCAAAUGUUGUGCACUGGUUGGCACUUCAGAGGCGUGGCUGCAUUCCUAGUGCGGGCCACACGAUGCUCAGGGCUAUUUAAGCCAUGAUAUAAGCAAACGUUGCUUGAGGCAAUCCACUGUGAGCAGUGUCUUAAAUUCCUUGCGUAGUGUAUAGGGUUCCUGUAUGCGUGAUUAGGGUAGAUGUGUGUCUCAGGACAAUUUGUUCUGUCUUUCAGAAGUUGUUGCCAGCCUUUUUCUUUGUACAUACGAACUUUGUUGGUUUUUCCUGCUCUCUGAUAACCCGUGCCAUGGUAUUUUACUCCAGGACAUUUUUAGCACAAUCGCAACGAAUUGUUGAACAAUAAAAAACUUGCUUUUGGUGGCGAUCGCA